AUGGAGCGUACACUAACGGGCCGAAAUAUUGCCAUUAUCGGGGCCAGUGGCCAACUUGGCAAGCCAACUCUGAAGGCACUACUCUCCAAAGGUGUUCAUACCAUAACCGCAAUUCAACGCAACGAGUCAACACGCGACUUUCCGUCGGAAGUGGUCGUGAAGAGAGGAUCAUUUGAGGAUGAGUCUUUCCUUGUGGACGCUCUUCAAGGUCAGGACGCUGUCGUCGUAAUAGUCCCAAUUCCUAAUAUGGAUCUUGGGGACAUAUUUGUACGCGCAGCUGCCAAGGCUGGGGUGCCAUAUAUCUUACCAACAGAGUUUGGUGUUGAUGCCCCAGAAGUUGAGAAUGAACAUUCUAUGAUGGCACCAAAAGUAGCGAGGCGCAGGCUGGUCGAAGAGCUCGGAGUGAGCAGCUGGAUUGCUGUGAUUGUCAACUUUUGGCUGGAUGCGAACAUCCAGAUCGGCCUCUGGGGUAUCGACGUUAAAGGCCGAAAGGUGGAAAUGUUCAAGAACGCCGACGCCAAAGUUUCGACGACAACUGUCUCUCGUUCUGGAGAGGUAAUUGCCGUACUUCUCAGCCUGCCGGAGACAGAGUUAGCCCAGUUCAAAAACAAGUCUUACUACUAUUCAUCUUUUGAGCUCUCACAGCGAGACAUCUUUGAAGCUGUCAAGCGAGCCACAGGAACAAAAGACGCGGAUUGGGAUAUCAGAGAGAGAGAUGCUACACAGGUCAUUGAAGAAACUGAGCCAAAAAUACGAAAAGGUAAUGGCUAUGCAGAGUGGUAUAGACUAUUUGUCAAGUUCUUCCAAGGCAUCCAAGGUGCAAACUACGAAGAUAAGGCUAUUGACCUGGAGGAAUAUGGCCUGCCGAAAGAAAACCUUGAUGCGGUCGUCAAGCAAGCAAUUGCUGGUUUGUAA